AUGUCGGUUGUUGACAAAGAUUAUCGUGAAAAAUGUUGGUUACACCGUGACGAUUAUUGGGAAUGUCUGGAUACGAAUAAAGAAGAAAAGGAAAAAUGUUUAAAAUUUCGUCAAUUAUUCGAAACAAGUUGCCCACCAACAUGGGUAACACAUUUUGAUCAAAAACGCAAAUAUGAUAUAUUCAAACGACAACUAGCACUUGGCCAAGUCGAAACAGAUAAAUUAAAGUCCAUAAAACAACAGCCAACACCUUGA